CCCGCCCGCCAGCACUUCACAUUCCCCCCAAACGACCUGCUCCCCUUGACCUUUGCCCCCCCGAUCACACUGCAUCUCCUCGCAGAUCCUAUCCGGCAUGACCAAGUCUGAAGCAGCCGACACGGCAAAGGCGGAGCAGUCCGGCGGGACCUCCGUCCAGAAGAAGGACGACGGCACCACCAGCACCACCGGCGCCGCUGGCAACCAGAGCCAACAGGCACCAAAGGAGGAGAAUGGCCUGAUGGGUCUGAUCGGAAUGGUCGGUCGCAUGGCGCUCAUCUACUUUGCCGUGCAGUAUUUCACCGGUGGAUUCAACAAGAAGGCGCCCGCCACCAACCAGCCCGUCGUCGGCCUCGAUGGAGAGAACGUCGCGCAGGCCACCCCGGCUGCACCUCCGCAGGGUUCCAAUCAAGUCGUCAACUGGCAUCCUGGCUGGCCUGAAACGGCCAAAACGAACCUGUGGGUCUACAUCUCCGAGGACGAGUACUUUGCCGACUUUACCGACGAGUCGAAGCUGGUUUGGACCGAAACCAACAUCAAGUUUUACAAAGACUACACCGACCAGCGCAUCAAGAACAUUGUCGUUCCCUUCUCAGAGAAUGUCCAAAACAACGGAUCGCUGUAUGCACACAUCUACCUCACUCUCGACGAUGCCUCUCCCAACCCCCGGGCCAAGAGUUUCCACCCCGACAAAGGCAUUUACCGCCGGAAAUUGCUCACCCGAUACAUGAAGAAGAAGAAGGUUGUUGCAAAGAAGAACCUCUUUGAGAAGGAUCAGCUGACCAACGAAGAAGAGCUGGCCAAGGCUGUCGAGGAGGCCAAGAACACGCCGAUUGUCUCGUACUGGUGGAGCAACCUGACGAUCCAUGGUCUCGGUGACUACUCCACGAUUGCAUCCAACCUUCCUCCAACCUUCCUCAAAGAGGUCCAAAUCCACUCCAGCGGCCAGCACUACAUGCCUGUCGUGUGGAUCAACGACUUUUGGAUGCUUCAGGACCAGCUCAUCCCGAUCAACGACACCGUCAAGUCAGCAAACUUGACUCUCCGCUACUCGGCGAUUUCCCUGUGGCAGAUGCAGAUGUAUCUGCAGUUCGAGGAAUCGUUCCGCGUCCAGACGCAAACCUUUGGCCAGAGCCAGAGCGAGACUGACGAGCUCAAGCGCAUGUUCACGGACACGAACCCCAUCCUCCUCGGAGUCACCUUUGUCGUCUCCCUGCUCCACAGUCUCUUUGACUUUUUGGCGUUCAAGAACGAUAUCGAUUUCUGGCGCAACCGCAAGGACAUGGAGGGCCUGUCGUUCCGCACCAUCGUUCUGAAUGUGGUGCAGCAGUUCAUCAUUUUCCUGUACCUGCUCGACAAUGAAACCUCAUGGAUGAUCCUUCUCUCCUCCGGCGCGGGGCUGCUGAUUGAAACGUGGAAGAUCCACAAGACCGUCAUCGUGAAGUCCAAGCCCGAGUUCCCGUACAUCGAGUUCAUCGAUCGCGUCAAGCCUUCGCGCCUCACCUCCAAGACCAAGAAAUACGAUGCGAUUGCUUUCAAGUACCUCUCCUAUGCGCUCGUGCCGCUCCUGAUCGGAUACACGAUCUAUUCCAUGAUGUACGAGUCCCACAAGAGCUGGUACUCGUUCAUCAUUGGAACUCUUGUCGGCUUUGUCUACAUGUUUGGUUUCAUUACCAUGACCCCCCAGCUCUUCAUCAACUAUAAGCUCAAGUCUGUUGCCCACAUGCCCUGGAAGACUUUCAUGUACAAAGCCCUCAACACCUUCAUUGAUGAUCUCUUUGCGUUCGUCAUCAAGAUGCCGUGGCUCCACCGUCUUGCCUGUCUGCGUGAUGAUGUUGUCUUCUUGAUCUACCUCUACCAGCGAUGGGUUUACCCCGAAGACAAGCGCCGGCGCAACGAGUUUGUGAGUGCUGGUGCUCUUGGUUGUGUUCUGGCUGCAUUUGAAGCGGCUCUCGGGCUUUCAUCAUUCGAUCAUAGUCGUGCUGUGGCUGUGCGGGAGAUAUUCCUGCGUUGACCCGAGCCUUUGGGAUCCGUCCUCUCUACCUCUCUGCAGGGCCAAGUUGGCGACGCUGAUGGCGGAAACGACAGUGACUUUUUGGACUCUGACAACGAAGGAGAAGACGCCUCUUCGAA